UUUUAUUGUUAAUAAAAGUUAAAAAUAUUUAUAAAAACUGAUUUUAAUUUUAUUUAUAUUGUUGAAUAAACUUGUUCUAAAUUUUUUUUUUUUUAAUUUAAUUCACCUCCUCAAGGCCGAGAAGAAGAAUAAACUUGUUCUAAAUAUGUAGUUUUUGCUGUAUACUGUAACUUGUUUGUAAUAUGGGUGUUUCAGAAAAACCACAUUUUUAAAAAUUUAUUUUUCUCUGCAUAUUAUACCUACAUAUAAUCGAAUGUUAGUUUUCUAAAAAUUAGUCUAUUUAAAAGUCUCUUGAAUUUCUUGGAUUUUAGUAUUUUACAAAAACUUAUCAUUUUUCUUACAGGAAACUUCUUUCCUGUAAGACUCUUGUCUAGACUCUUGUCUAAAAAUUGAAAAUUGAUCUAUAUAUUUUAGACAAUUUAUAAAACUGAUAAAUGCUGUUUAAAUUUUGAUAAAUUUUAACUCGUUGUUGCUCAAAAUGAACACUAGGUCAGGGUGUCCGCUCUGCUGGAAAAACUGGAAAAAAGGCUGUUUUUAAAAAACAUACCUCUCCAGUUUUUAAACUGCCCAUGGCAGUUUAAAAACUGGAGAGGCUGUCACUGAAUAGAAUCUGAAAAAAGUUUUAAAUGCUGUUUAUUAUACUUUUCAUGGUAGUCCUGCCAGGAGAAAAGUCUAUAACUCUGUUACUGGUUCUUUUGUCUAUCCUCUUAACUUCUGCUCAACAAGUUACUGGCAAUUAUAGUAAGACAGACUACAUUCGCUGUGAAACAUCUGACUUGCUGACUAAUACAAAAGUAUUGACAAGAAAACCAAUUAGUUGUGAAAUUCAAACAAAAAAUUCUAAGCUACUAAUAACAACAUUCUACAGAUCUCCAAAUAGCAAUGAGGAAAAUGAUAACUAUAUAAAUCAACACAUAACUAAUCUUUCUGAAAAAUACGAAAACAUCCUUAUUGUUGGAGACUUUAACUACCCAGAUAUAACUUGGUCUAACAAAAAAGAAAACCCGAUAUCUCACUCAUCAAAAUCUUUAAAAUUCAUAUAUUCAAUCUGCAAUUGUUUCCUCACACAACAUAUAUCUAAACCAACCCACUUCAGAAAGAAUCAAAAACCAACUACUAUCGAUCUUAUAAUAACAUCCGUGGAAAAUAUAAUUUCACCAAUAAUUUCACCUUGCUCCAAUUGGAAAAAGUCAUCAACACCUUUUAUACUUUACCGUACUAACCGAUCCAAUAGAUAAACCAACUCAUACUACUAAUAAGCAAUUAUUCUCUAAAGGAAACUAUAAUAAAAUU